UUCCCGGAAGCCUUACUUUCCUUGCCCCUCCGAUUCUUGCUUCCACUGAAAGCCCAGCCUCUGAUUCUCACUUCCCUUUGAGGAUUCAUCUUCAUCAUCAUCUCAUUUUGAUGGUGGGUUUCUUCCAAGAACCCUGUGAUGAGCAAGAUAGACUGAGGGAUUGAUUGUAAGACUAAUUAAGGUCAGUUUUCCCAACUUGUAAACAUUGAUUAUUUUUGAAUUUGGAAAACAUGGACAUAAGAAGCCCCAGCAAACCCUCUUCCUCCAAUAAGAGAUUUCAAUCUGGUGCUGAAGAUGAAAGUCAUGCAUCUGCACUAACUCAAUCAAAUGAGUCAAAGUCUAAUCUUCCUGAGACUGCACAUCCCUGGAAUAAAGAAUCCCAAAGUGUCUCAGGCUUUGGAAACCAGAAAACACUGAAGUUGCUAGAAUGCAUCAAAUUAAAGAAUUCCGUGUCAUCUUUGAUAUCUUUCCAAAAUUUGACAGCUCUGGAGGUGUCAAGAUGUCAUGAAUUAGAAAAUUUAGUAACUCCCUCAAUAGCUAACAGCAUGGUGCAACUCAAAAGAAUGAGCAUAACUGAUUGCAAGAAGAUAGAAGAAAUCAUAGCACGUGAGGGCGAAGAAGUGGAGAAGGAAAUUGUUUUUUCCCAACUGAAGUCUUUGAGAUUCCAAUGGUUACCCAGCCUCAGGAGUUUCUGCUUGAGCAAGUACUCCUUCAAUUUCCCAUCUUUGGUUGAAUUGAUUGUAAAAGAAUGCCCUAAAUUGGAGGUUUUCUCUCAUGGUAAGAUAGACACUCCAAACCUGCGAAAAGUAUGUCGAACAGGAGAAGAUAAGGGGUACUGGACAGAUGACCUCAAUACCACCAUAAAAAUGCUUUAUGCAGGAAAGGGACCUAUAACUGCCUUUUUUUUAUUUUUUAUUUUUAUUUUUAUUAUUUUUAUUUUUUAUAAGUUCUUCUGCUUCUUCGUCAAAUUAAUUUGAAUUCAGUCUUAGUCCUCUUCUUUCCGUUGCUCAAUCUCAGAGAGAGGGUUUGGAGGAGUUGGGGUCCCUGCGUUGUAGUUUAGCUAACCUUUGGGGUCCCCUUAUUUGGUGAAGGUCUAUGAGUGUCAUCUUCAAUUUGAAAGCCCUCCAAUUCAAAGUGUAUUGAAAUUAUAGCAGGUUUUAUUCUCCAUUUCUAGUUUUGUGCUCUGCUAGCAUUUAUUUUCCCAUUGGUUUGGAUGGUGCUUGAGAUAUUAAUUAAACAUUCAUGUUGUCA